AUGGCGAUAUCUUCAAACACAAUGCGCGGCAUCAGUUUGUUUUGCCGCGUUAUAGAAACCAUCAGUGCGCUUAUUGUCUUGGGUAUAACCGCAUGGGCAGUCGAAACGUCCAAGACAGUGACAGUUAUUUAUUCAUUGGUCAUCGCCUGUCUCACUGUCUUCUACGCCCUACUCCUGUUCGUUUUUGCAUUUUUCUCGUCAAAGAAAACCAUUUUUCAUGUCAUCAGCACUAUGAUAGACUUAUUUCUGGCAUUCUUCUGGAUCGCUGCAUUUGUCCUCCUAGCAAACAACUUUAACGAUACUGGUUGUAGGGUGAACCAUUGGCAUGGAAUCUUGGUCUGCUCUCGACAACAUACAGUUGAAGCAUUUGCAUUUAUUGCAUUUUUCUUCACUCUUGUGGCCGCGAUAUUCAGUGCCCUCACAGUUUAUGCGAUGGCGAAAGAACGCCGAGAGGAUGAACCACCACACAGAGAGAAAACUGCUACACCUAGUACAGUGGCGGAAACGAUCCCAGAGACACAUGCCAGCACCGAGCAGACAGUGAAUAAUGUUGUCUGA